UAUGCUGACGACACUUUAGUACUAGCAUCAUCAACAAAUGAACUUGAAUACAUCAUGUACAGACUAGAUACUAUUAGUCGUGAAUAUGGACUUAAAAUUAAUGUACAGAAGACCAAGGUAAUGAUAAUCGAUCGAAUUAGAAAUAACCAGCCGGAAAUACGAAACGUAGCGGGGUUUGAAGCGGUAAGCCGUUUCAAUUAUUUAGGUUCUGUUAUCACAAACAAUGGUGGAUGCGAAGAAGAAAUACGCCGACGCCUUACAAUGGCCAGAUCAGCAACGGUCAAUAAAAGCGUGGUGGACAGAUUGAGUAACAUUCAAACAGUCAAACACAUAAACCACAUUGAAUUGAAUAUUCUUAAAACUCUGUUUGAAAUUAUACAAUUAGAAGUAAAUGUAACAACUGCUUGGAUUAAAGGCAAGCGUCCACAGACCCGCAUCGUACGCAUCGGACGCAUCGUACGCAACGGAUUUUAGUUUGCCUUGUACAGAAACUUAUGUAACCGCGUCCACUGAUCCGCAUCGUACGGAUCGCAUUAUCGAUUGUCAAACUAAAAUCCGUUGCGUACGAUGCGGCUCUGUGGACGCUUGACUUAAGGGUCAUUCGGGAAUAAAAGGCAAUGAAAUAGUUGACAAUUUUGCUAAAUCAGCUUAUGUGAUCGGAGAAAAAAUAAACAAAAAUUUAAUUCCAGCUUCAGAUAUUGAUACUUUUAGCAGACAAAAACUUAAAAAUAAUUGGCAAUUGCAUUACAGAGAAUGUAAUACUGGCUCAAAUUUUGCUCAUUGUAACCCUAGGAUAUUCUCAAAAAGAUGGUUUUACACAGAAUAUAACAGACUUUUAUAAAGGCCAUUAAUCGAUUGAGAGCCAAUCAUGCUCUUACGCCAUCUUACAUGAAUAGAAUCGGCUUGGCAGAUACUCCCAAUUGUACUUGUGGCAAAAUCGGAGAUCUAACACAUGUCAUAUUAGAAUGUCAUUUAAACAUAAAUAACAUAAACGACCUUUAUAAGGAAUUAAAAUAUUUAAAAUGUUUUUUCCCAAUAAACCUAAAUACUUUAAUAUUUACAAAUGAUAUGG